AUGUUGUGGGCAGCCUUGGUGACAAGCGCAGAGGCCGUCAUGAAGAUCGUCCUCGUUUGUGCGAGUGGAGCGUACUUGCAGAAGACUGGCGCGUUCAGCAAAGCUGUGUGUAAAGGCGUAUCAGCUGCUUUUAUAGAUGUGCUGUUGCCGUGUCUUCUUUUCACGCAAAUCUUGCAGAUGAUGUCGGUCGAGGUCCUGCCAAAGCUGGGAUGGCUGGCGAUGGCUAACAUAGUCUGUGUGACAGUUGGACUAGGGAUUGGAUACCUGGCGGUGCUAGCAACACGGCCUCCGAAAGACAUGCGAAGCAUCUUGAUUGCUGCACCGGCUAUCGGACAUGCUAAUGCUAUCCCAUUUAUGCUGGUCAGCCUCAUAAUCUCAGAGGAUGGAAUAUUUCAACCGGGAGACAUCGUCAUCGCACAAAGCUACGUGGGCUUGUACCUAGUCAUGCACAGCAUUACUGGCUGGGGAGUCGGUCUAAGCAUAAUCAAGAAGGAUGAGGCGGAUGUGGCGUCACUUCCUGAAAGAGAAGCCACGAACGACAGCCGCGGCACAGAAGCUUUGCGCGGGAAAGAGACGAUCGCGAGCAGCACAAGCGAGCCAAGCGAUCCAAGCGAGCCAAGCCGGCGUGAAGUGGAGGUGGACAUGGAGCUGGGCUCGGCUAGUGCCACCGAGAAGGCUUCAUGCUGCCAUUGCUGCCGGCCUCGAAUCUGGAGUCAAAGCAUGCCGAGAUGGGUGAAUCGGCCGAUGAUGACGGCCAUCCUCUCGGUCGUCCUCGGCCUCAUCCCCGGACUCAAGGGUGUUGUGGCCUCAGUGCCGCCCCUAAGCUUCGUCUUCUCCGCCAUGAGCUCUUUGGGAGCUACCGCCCCGGUGAUGAGCCUCUUGCCCGUGGGAGCCAGCUUCGUGGCCGAUGGCAUUCCUCGGCCCUCCAUUAUCGGGUACAAGGCCUUGUUGGCGAUCGUCGUCUGCCGGCUUCUUCUCCUUCCUGCCGUGUGCAUUUCUUUGUGGGUGGCCUUGAGAUGUUAUGUUCCCUUCUUCCCACAAGACCCGAGCUUGAUGCUGGUAAUGUGUCUUGAAUGCUGCACGCCUACUGCAUACAACUUGGUAACGGUUUGCAUCGUGAUGGAGGUGGGUGCCAAAGAGUUAACGACUGGCCUCUUUUACCAGAACCUUGCAGCGAUCGUAACGCUCACAUUGUGGAUCGCCAUCAUUAUGGCUCUGGUCAUUUAA